AUGUCUCUGCUGUGUGUUGGAGUCAAAAAAGCCAAGUUUGAUGGUGCCCAAGAGAAACUCAACACGUACGUGACCUUGAAGGUGCAGAAUGUCAAGAGUACCACCAUCGCUGUCCGGGGCAGCCAGCCCAGCUGGGAGCAGGACUUCAUGUUUGAGAUUAACCGCCUGGACUUGGGGCUGACCGUGGAGGUGUGGAAUAAGGGGCUCAUCUGGGACACGAUGGUGGGUACUGUGUGGAUCCCACUUAGGACCAUCCGCCAGUCCAACGAGGAGGGUCCUGGAGAGUGGCUGACACUGGACUCGCAGGUCAUCAUGGCGGACAAUGAGAUCUGUGGCACCAAAGAUCCCACCUUCCACCGCAUUCUCCUUGACACCCGCUUUGAGCUGCCUUUAGACAUUCCCGAGGAGGAAGCACGCUACUGGGCCAAGAAGCUGGAGCAGCUGAACGCCAUGCGGGACCAGGAGGAGUACUCCUUUCAAGAUGAGCAAGAGAAGCCUCUCCCUGUCCCCAGCAACCAGUGUUGCAACUGGAAUUAUUUUGGCUGGGGUGAGCAGCAGAACGAUGACCCCGACAGUGCAGUAGAUGAUCGUGACAGUGAUUACCGCAGUGAGACCAGCAACAGCAUCCCACCACCCUAUUACACCACGUCACAGCCCAACGCCUCUGUCCAUCAGUAUUCUGUCCGCCCACCACCGCUGGGCUCCCGGGAAUCCUACAGUGACUCCAUGCACAGUUAUGAAGAGUUCUCUGAGCCUCGGGCCCUCAGCCCCACGGGCAGCAGCCGCUAUGCUUCCUCUGGAGAACUGAGUCAAGGCAGCUCGCAGCUCAGUGAGGACUUCGACCCGGAUGAGCAGAGCCUGCAGGGCUCUGAGCUAGAGGACGAGCGGGACCGGGAUUCCUACCACUCGUGCCACAGCUCGGUGAGCUACCAUAAGGACUCACCACGCUGGGACCAGGAUGAGGACGAGCUGGAUGAGGACCUGGAGGAGGACCUGGAGGACUUCCUGGAGGAAGAGGAGGAGGAGGAGCUGGAAGAGGAGGAGGAGGAGGUGCCUGAGGACAUUGAGCUGACACGGGGUGGCUACUCAGAGCGUGAGGAGCCAGCCGUGUCUGAGCCCAAGGACUUCAAGCGCGUCAGCCUCCCACCAGCCACCUCUGAGAAGGAGGACAAGGCUCCAACCAAACCUGCCGAGGCCUUUGAUGUGGCCAAGACAGCUCCUGAGCUGGCCAUGCCUGAGGAGGGGCCUGCAGCUGAGCGGACACCUGAGCCAGAGCCCCCCAAGGCAGAGGAGAGUUUCAGGCCACGGGAGGAUGAAGAAAGCCAGGAGGGUCAGGACGCCAUGUCCAGGGCCAAGGCCAACUGGCUUCGAGCCUUCAACAAGGUGCGGAUGCAGCUGCAGGAGGCCCGGGGAGAAGGAGAGAUGUCAAAAUCCCUCUGGUUCAAAGGCGGCCCUGGUGGUGGCCUCAUCAUCAUUGACAGCAUGCCUGACAUCCGCAAGCGGAAGCCCAUUCCCCUUGUGAGCGACCUGGCCAUGUCCCUCGUCCAGUCCCGGAAAGCAGGCAUCACCUCAGCCUUGGCCUCCAGCACAUUGAAUAACGAGGAGCUGAAAAACCACGUUUACAAGAAGACCCUGCAAGCCUUAAUCUACCCCAUCUCGUGCACGACACCGCACAACUUCGAGGUGUGGACGGCCACUACGCCCACCUACUGCUACGAGUGUGAGGGGCUACUGUGGGGCAUCGCGCGGCAGGGCAUGCGCUGCACCGAGUGUGGCGUCAAGUGCCACGAGAAGUGCCAAGACCUGCUCAACGCCGACUGCUUGCAGCGGGCGGCGGAGAAGAGCUCGAAGCACGGAGCGGAGGACCGCACGCAGAACAUCAUUAUGGUGCUCAAGGACCGCAUGAAGAUCCGGGAGCGCAACAAGCCCGAGAUCUUCGAGCUCAUCCAGGAGAUCUUCGCCGUGACCAAGACGGCGCACACGCAGCAGAUGAAGGCCGUCAAGCAGAGCGUGCUGGACGGCACGUCCAAGUGGUCGGCCAAGAUCAGCAUCACCGUGGUCUGUGCCCAGGGCUUGCAGGCAAAGGACAAGACGGGUUCCAGUGAUCCCUAUGUCACUGUCCAGGUUGGGAAGACCAAGAAACGGACGAAAACCAUCUAUGGGAACCUGAACCCUGUGUGGGAGGAGAACUUCCAUUUUGAAUGUCACAACUCCUCGGACCGCAUCAAAGUGCGAGUCUGGGAUGAGGAUGAUGACAUCAAAUCCCGCGUGAAGCAGCGGUUCAAGAGGGAGUCCGAUGACUUCCUGGGGCAGACGAUCAUCGAGGUGCGGACGCUCAGCGGCGAGAUGGACGUGUGGUACAAUCUGGACAAACGGACGGACAAGUCGGCUGUAUCGGGCGCCAUCCGGCUUCACAUAAGUGUGGAGAUCAAAGGCGAGGAGAAGGUGGCCCCCUACCAUGUCCAGUACACCUGUCUGCACGAGAACCUGUUUCACUUUGUGACGGAUGUGCAGAACAACGGGGUAGUGAAGAUCCCAGAUGCCAAGGGUGACGAUGCCUGGAAGGUUUACUAUGAUGAGACAGCCCAGGAGAUUGUGGAUGAGUUCGCCAUGCGUUACGGUGUCGAGUCCAUCUACCAAGCCAUGACCCACUUUGCCUGCCUCUCCUCCAAGUACAUGUGCCCCGGGGUGCCUGCAGUCAUGAGCACUUUACUCGCCAACAUCAACGCCUACUAUGCCCACACCACCGCCUCCACCAACGUGUCUGCCUCUGACCGCUUCGCCGCCUCCAACUUUGGGAAAGAGCGCUUUGUGAAACUCCUGGACCAGCUACAUAACUCGCUGCGGAUCGACCUCUCCAUGUACCGGAAUAAUUUCCCAGCCAGCAGCCCGGAGAGACUCCAGGACCUCAAAUCCACUGUGGAUCUUCUCACCAGCAUCACCUUCUUUCGGAUGAAGGUGCAAGAACUCCAGAGCCCGCCCCGCGCUAGCCAGGUGGUGAAGGAUUGUGUAAAAGCCUGCCUCAACUCUACUUAUGAGUACAUCUUCAACAACUGUCAUGAACUCUACAGCCGGGAGUAUCAGACAGACCCGGCCAAGAAGGGGGAGGUUCCUCCAGAGGAACAGGGCCCCAGCAUCAAGAACCUUGACUUUUGGUCCAAGCUGAUCACCCUCAUAGUGUCCAUCAUUGAAGAAGACAAGAAUUCCUAUACUCCUUGCCUCAACCAGUUUCCCCAGGAGCUGAACGUCGGUAAAAUCAGUGCUGAAGUGAUGUGGAAUCUGUUUGCUCAGGACAUGAAGUACGCCAUGGAAGAGCAUGACAAGCAUCGCCUCUGCAAGAGCGCUGACUACAUGAACCUCCACUUCAAAGUCAAGUGGCUGUACAAUGAGUAUGUGGCGGAACUUCCUGCCUUCAAAGACCGCGUGCCUGAGUACCCCACGUGGUUUGAGCCCUUUGUCAUCCAGUGGCUUGAUGAGAAUGAGGAGGUGUCCCGGGAUUUCCUGCAUGGGGCCCUGGAGCGAGACAAGAAGGAUGGGUUCCAGCAAACCUCGGAGCAUGCCCUGUUCUCCUGCUCUGUGGUGGAUGUCUUCUCCCAACUCAACCAGAGCUUUGAGAUCAUCAAGAAACUCGAGUGCCCUGACCCCCAGAUUGUGGGACACUACAUGAGGCGCUUUGCCAAGACCAUCAGCAACGUGCUUCUCCAGUAUGCAGACAUCAUCUCCAAGGACUUUGCCUCCUACUGCUCCAAGGAGAAGGAGAAAGUGCCCUGCAUCCUCAUGAACAACACUCAACAGCUACGAGUUCAGCUGGAAAAGAUGUUUGAAGCCAUGGGUGGGAAGGAGCUGGAUGCCGAGGCCAGUGACAUUUUGAAGGAGCUUCAGGUGAAACUCAACAAUGUCUUGGAUGAGCUCAGCCGGGUGUUUGCUACCAGCUUCCAGCCGCACAUUGAGGAGUGUGUCAAGCAAAUGGGUGACAUCCUCAGCCAGGUGAAGGGCACAGGCAAUGUGCCAGCCAGUGCCUGCAGCAGCGUGGCCCAGGAUGCCGACAAUGUGCUGCAACCCAUCAUGGACCUGCUGGACAGCAACCUGACUCUCUUUGCCAAAAUCUGUGAGAAGACGGUACUGAAGCGGGUGCUGAAGGAGUUAUGGAAGCUGGUCAUGAACACCAUGGAAAAGACCAUUGUCCUGCCACCCCUCACUGACCAAACGAUGAUCGGGACCCUCUUGAGAAAACAUGGCAAGGGAUUAGAAAAGGGCAGGGUGAAAUUGCCAAGCCACUCAGACGGAACCCAGAUGAUCUUCAAUGCAGCCAAGGAGCUGGGUCAGCUGUCCAAACUCAAGGACCACAUGGUUCGAGAGGAAGCCAAGAGCUUGACCCCAAAGCAGUGUGCUGUCGUCGAGCUGGCCCUGGACACCAUCAAGCAAUACUUCCACGCAGGAGGCGUGGGCCUCAAGAAGACCUUCCUGGAGAAGAGCCCAGACCUGCAGUCCCUGCGCUAUGCGCUGUCGCUCUACACACAGGCCACCGACCUGCUUAUCAAGACCUUCGUGCAGACGCAGUCAGCCCAGGGCUCGGGUGUAGAAGACCCUGUGGGUGAAGUCUCUGUCCACGUUGAGCUCUUCACUCAUCCCGGAACGGGAGAACACAAGGUCACAGUAAAAGUGGUGGCUGCCAAUGACCUCAAGUGGCAGACUUCUGGCAUCUUCCGGCCAUUCAUUGAGGUCAACAUUAUCGGGCCCCAGCUCAGCGACAAGAAGCGCAAGUUUGCCACCAAAUCCAAGAACAACAGUUGGGCUCCCAAGUACAACGAGAGCUUCCAGUUCACACUGAGCGCCGACGUGGGGCCUGAGUGCUACGAGCUGCAGGUGUGCGUCAAGGACUACUGCUUCGCGCGCGAGGACCGCACCGUGGGGCUGGCUGUGCUGCAACUGCGUGAGCUGGCCCAGCGCGGGAGUGCCGCCUGCUGGCUGCCACUCGGCCGCCGCAUCCACAUGGACGACACGGGCCUCACGGUGCUGCGCAUCCUUUCGCAGCGCAGCAACGACGAGGUGGCCAAGGAAUUCGUCAAGCUCAAGUCCGACACAAGAUCUGCGGAGGAGGGUGGUGCCGCGCCUGCGCCCUAGCGCGGGCCGGGUGGGCGGUACUGCGCCUGCGUGGAGUAGGCGGGCGGCACUGUGCCUGCGC